CUCUAAAAGAUCGAUGGCGCAGGGAGAGCGACUAGAGAAAGAGGUUCGUCUGAGCUACGGCCGCGGGAAGAGAAGUUACGUCAGUGUUGUGAGGGAGCACUACCUCCGUGAAGACCUGUCGUGCGGAAGCGAACUCUGCAUCCUUUGCAGAGAGCUUCCCUCAGUAAGCAAAGCAAGAAGACAGCUGAGUGGCAGUGUCUCGCACUAUGUGCUACCUGAUGCGGAGUGCCUGCAGAACUUCCGGGAGCUUUGGCAGAACCCUGCCAUAUCUGACCUCAUCCUUCUCCAGACAAGCCUCUCUCGUCUGAAGGUGAAGGCAGGUAGACAGAGCUACCGGGCAGCUCGAGAUCUCCUCCAUUCCUCCGUCAAGAGAUGUGUUCUCUUCAGCAACGAACACCAUUUGCAGACCUUCUCACCUCGGCGACCUGACGAGACCACGCCCCAAUGGCACAUGAGGUUGGUGUUCAGAGCAGGUGUGUGGUACGCCAAUCAUCUCCAGAUCUCAGGAACCUCUCCCACCAUCGUCAUUGUCUCCCAGGCACCUCGCGAGUAUGAUCAGUAUUCAGGAGAGGGGAGGGCGGAGCAGCUGCUAGUGAUGUCGGUGGCAGACUACCUCGCCUGCUUCCUUCCCUCCCGCUCUGACCUCUCUGACCUCUGCCACUCUCUCUCCCUCUCCCUUUCACCCUCUGACUCAACAGGUGCUGUGAAGGAUUUUAGAGAGCACUGGUCAACUGAAGACAUUUCAGAGGGCUUGAAGAUGGGUCGUCUACUGCAAGGCAGGCUCCAUGUUAGCAGUCGUCGUCCUCGGGAAGAGGCCGAAGUUGUGCUCUCGGGGGAGAUGGGGGGAGGGGGAGGGAAGAGGGAAGGUGCUAAUCGUGGGACCCAUGGCCAGGAACAGAGCAAUCCACAACGACAGAGUUGCUAUCCUUCUUCUUCCAAAGUCAGAGGCAUCAAAUGUGGGAGAUCAUGGUGAAGGGGAGGGAGGGAGUGUAGCUCUGGGGGCAGUGGUCGGAGUUCUUGAGAGAGAGAGGAGAAAAUAUGUCGCCACCUUCGAGGAGAAGGCAGAGGAGUCACGAGGAAAGACGGAGAGGGUCCUUGUUCUGCCGUACGACACCAGAAUCCCAAAGAUAAGGAUCGGGACGCGGCAGGCGGACCUCCUGCGAUCCCAUCGCAUCGUCGUCCAAAUUGACACCUGGUCGUCCGCCUCGCAGUACCCAGACGGCCACUUUGUCAGGAACAUUGGACCCAUUGGAGAUGUGGAGACAGAGACAGCUGUCAUAAUGAUAGAACACGGCCUCUCCUUCCCCACCUUCAGUCGCGACCUCCUCAACGAGCUGCCGGAGAGAGAGAGGUGGGAGGUGGAGGUGGAGGAGGAGGAGAAGAGGAGAGAUCUGAGGGAGACUCAUCUCGUCUUUUCCAUCGAUCCCCAGGGAUGUGAGGAUGUGGACGACACACUCUCUGUCAGACACCUCAAGAAGGGGGUGACGGAGCUAGGUGUCCAUAUUGCUGAUGUCUCCCACUUUGUCAGGCCGGGCAGUCUGACAGACGCGGAGGCGCAGCGUCGCUCCACCUCAGUCUACCUGGCCGACAGGAGGCACGAUAUGUUGCCGCCCGUUCUCAGUGCUCACCUCUGCUCCCUACUGUCUGGGGUGGACAGGUAUGCAGUGAGUGUGGUGUGGAAAAUGGAUCAGAACUAUGAUGUGAAGAGUGUCUGGUUCGGUCGCACACUCAUAAGGUCAAGGUACAAACUCUCGUACGAGGUUGCCCAGCAACUAUGUGACGGAGCAGCUGCCUCCGAUAUCAGGGGAGACAUUCCUGAACUCUUGAACCUUGACCUCUCUCAACAAGAACUCGAGAAAAGACUAGAGGAGCUGCGAGGGGCGGUGAAGACUCUCUCUGAGAUUGCUCACUGUCUGAAGCAGCGGAGAGGUGAGGAUGGUGCCGUGUAUCUCGACAGCUUCGAGGUGAAGGUGGUAAUGGGGGAGGAGAAAGGCACGGCCAAUAUUGAAGACCUCGUUCCAAAGCAGCAUCUUGAUGUUCAUGACACCAUAGCGGAGUGUAUGAUAUUUGCCAACCACUGGGUGGCCAAGAAGAUACAUUCCUCCCUCCCCACCUCCUCCCUCCUGCGUCGCCACCCACCUCCCUCUCAGACCAGAUUCACUCACCUCCGGACGUGUGCCGGAGUGAGAGGAUUCCAGAUUCUGACCGGCUCUAACAAGGAACUGGCGGAGUCUCUGGAUAACGCUGUGGACCCUCACGACCCUGAAGUCAACAAAAUCUUCCGAAUUCUAGCCACCCAGGCCAUGUCACAAGCCGAGUACUUCUCCACGGGGAGUGUGUCUUCAUACCAUUCCACCGGGUCUUCAGUCCAUUCCACCGGGUCCUCGUUCCAUUCCACCGGGUCCCCAGACCAGUUCAGUCACUACGGUCUGGCUCUGGAUUACUACACUCACUUCACAUCUCCCAUCAGACGAUAUGCUGAUGUCAUUGUACAUCGUCAACUAUUGGCAGUGGUAGAGGAAGAGAAGAGAGGAGAGAGGGAGAGAGAGAAGCUGCCAGGGAAUGUUCAACUGGCUGAGUACUGUCAACACAUGAACAGCACACAUAGGGCAGCUCAACUUGCCCAGAUGGCGUCCACGGAGAUGUUCCAAGCUCUCUACUUCAGUAACCACGAGAGAGAGGACGAGAGGUGUGUCUGUGUGGGCGUGGUCUACGCCAUCCUCACCAAGGGGGUCAGAGUUCAGAUACCAAGGUAUGGAGUUAAGGGAGUGGUAUAUCUCGAGGAUAAGGCUGGACUGGUUGCUCAGCCGGCAGCUGUUUCCGAGGCCGGCCACUGUUCUGUCGCCUUUGCAUCUGGCCAUCUGAAGGUGGAAGAGACCAGGGUGACAGUAACCCACCCAGCAGGCCAGUACACCCUGACACUCUUGGAUCAUGUGACUGUCAGGGUAGGAGUGGAGGUGUCACAUGCCCACGGCCCCUCAAUCAGACUCUACCUGAUGAGCUGCUGUACUGUUGACCCUCGAGAGAGGAGGUCCCCUCUCUUCACCUCCGACAGGGGAAGAAAAGAGGUGUUGGCAGGUGUGAGGGAUGACCUACAGUCAAAGCCAGUAGAGGCACCCUCCCUCUCCUCUUCCUCCUCCUUUUCCCAGACACCACCACAGUCCAGUCUCUACUGCCUCGUCCAGAGACUCCAUAAUCUCUCCUUGCAAGAUGCAGACUAGCCUAAAAACAAUCAGGGGGUGGAGUGGAGGCCGAAAAGUCACAUUAAAACUGACUUCUCCUCUUGCUCAAUCUGUUCAUUCACCUCUUGUGCAUAUAAUUAUAAAUUCUCCUAACACAUUGUAUAGAACACUAUUUUUUCACCAGUCAAAUGACAUAUUUUUCAAGAGCCAUCAUGUUAUAAUGCAGUCAUCAAUUAAUGGCGGUUCUGUUGUAUGAUAUAGAAAUCAACGGUGAUAGACAUUAUGUAAAAAAUUUCAACCCUAGACCAACAUAUAUACAAUACGCGGCAGUUCUUGCAGAGAAGAACACAAUAUAGAAGAUGUGUAUACAUACAUACCAUUGUAAUUCUGGUGAAAAAACAGACCCUAAAGAGAAAAAAUGCUUUGCUGACAGUGAAGAGGGGGAAGGAUUAGUCAAUCUUCAUCUUGAUGCCGCAAUGAAAGAUACGGAGGUCGCGACCUGUGCUACACACCACGUGGGUUCCCUGGAGUGGGAGGAGGUGGCGAACCAAGACCACGCCCAUUUCCCCGCCCCCCACUUGCAUCUGGAACCUCUUCUGUCCCGACUCCAAGUCAUAAACCACUAUCAGUGACUCCACUGAAGCCGCCAUGUACCUCCCCCCUCCCAACAGAGCUAUGUCAGGACACACCCCCUCCUGUGCUAUAGUAAACAGACUCUCUCCACUUGACUUAUCCCAAACCACGACUGUUUCAUCAGACAUCAGACCCACUAUGACUCCGCCCACUAAUAUAUCCAAUUUAACGACGGACACGCCCUCGUCUCCGCCCGAUUCCUGGAGGAGGUGUCGACAGUUUCCAGUGGUUACCUCCCAGUAACAGACCACACCCCCACUGCAGCCCGAGACACACAUUGUAGCUGCCGACUGGAGAGAGAGGAACCGUUUUAGAGGUGUUAACAGUAAUUGCCUAAAACAAAUGUAACACAUCACUAGUGAGCGAGCACAGUGGAAAAAAAACUGUGAGUAUUAAGAAUUACGCAAAGCAUCAUGGUAUGGAUAAGUAUAUAUUGCCCAAAAUUUCAUUACACAGAAAAAUUGUUCAAUUCAGACGACUCUCCUAUUAUUAGCUGACCACUGAGACACAGAUACAUAUCAAUCUGGUGCUUACAAGCACACAGUAAGGUGCCAAUGUUGAUGAGAUUCAUUGAAAACCACAAGUGAAUGGUAGAGAGAGAGAAAGAAAGGUGCUAACGUUGAAAACCACUCAUGUUGAACCGUGAAACCACCAUGUAAUGAGAU